UGUGAGCUAACCUGGCCCGGACUCAUUCACGGCGGUAACUCACGGAUGACAGCAAAGCGUCAUCCGUCAAUGUAUGCGUGUGAUCGAUCCGGGGGUCAUCGGUUGCGCGGUCACGGACGUUGACCGCCAAACACCAGCGCGCACUGAAGAACUAGCGGUCAGCAAGGAAGCGUGCUCGAAGCCAACACCAAAUUGUAACCAAGUGAAGUUGAAUAUAUACGUUAGUAAAUUUAUUAGUAACGCGUGAGUUUUAUUCGACCACCUCUGCGAUCGAAAGAACAUAAAAGUGGCGACGAGUAAAAAAAAAAAAAAGGAUUUUUUUUUCAUUGCAUUUCGACUGUGAGUGAAGUUGUGCUGUUCGAAAAAUUACGCGCCCGCGAGCAAAACGCAGAAGGAUGAGCACCAGCGAAAACGGUGCAUCGGAUUUCCCCAUGGAAGGAGAGCAGCGAAGAUCAUCCUUGCUGCGUUCGACUGGUUUUGCUACGGGACAGCAAAUUUUUCCACCCGCGAACGAGAAUGUUGUGCCAACGGUGAAUCUGCCAUCGCAGAAUGCAGCGGGGCAGCCAUCGCUACAGCAUUUUGCUGCGUCAUCAUCAGUGCCGGCGCAGUCACCCGAUUCUGCGAUGCUGAUGCAGAUGAUGCAGUUAAUGCAACAGCAGAUGCAGCAGCAGCAGCAGCAGGUGCAGCAACAGAUGCAGCAACAGCAGCAACUAAUCACGCAAGUAUUGCAGCAGUCACAAGUUACAAACCAGCAAAGCCAGGCCUUCCCGACGCAGGUCAUUACCCCCAGUAAUCCGGAGUUGAUUAUUGAUGCGUUGUCGGGUAGCAUCACCGAGUUCCGGUACGAGGCGGAAUCCGAAAUAACUUUCGAUACGUGGUUCGCGCGCUACGAGGACCUGUUCGCACAGGAUGCCUCCCGCCUCGACGAUGCAGCAAAGGUGCGCUUACUGGUGCGCAAGUUAGGCCCUGCGGAGCACGCACGCUACGCUAGUUUCAUCCUGCCCAGCGUUCCUCGGGAGAUACCGUUCGAUGAAACGGUGAAAAAGCUGAAGGCCCUUUUUGGGAGAGCUGAAACGCUUGUGAGUAAGCGCUACAAGUGUUUGCAGCUAACGAAAUCUCGUACGGAGGAUUUCGUGUCGUUUGUUUGCCGCGUGAACCGCUCCUGCGUCAACUUUCAGCUGUCCGCAAUGAGCGAGGAGCAGUUCAAAUGCCUGAUAUUAGUGUGCGGCUUAAAGGAUGAUGCUGAUGCGGACGUGCGCACGAGACUUCUCUCUCGUAUCGAGGAGAGAACCGACGUCACGCUAGAGCAGCUCUCCGCUGAGUGUGAGCGAAUCUCCAGCUUGAAGGUGGAUAGCGCCAUGAUCGCUACUCAGGCGGAGGAGCAAAUCCUAGCACUAAGAAGUAGAAGCAAUGCACAACAGCAGGCGAGCAAGUGGAAACAAAGGAAGCAGUACCAGCAUACGAGGAACAGUGAUAAUGUAAACAAACCACCUGGGCCGUGUUGGUUAUGUGGUGAGGCUCAUUGGGCAAGUGAGUGCUCAUAUGCUCUGCACAAGUGUCGCGAUUGUAACGUAACCGGUCACCGAGAAGGUUUUUGCAACCAGCAGAAAAGAGGCAACAAAAAGGGGAAGUACAAGAAAAAAAAACGCACGUCGGUGGACAUGCGUACGGUGACGGUCAAUGUUUGUAAUGUCCAGCAAGCUAGAAAAUUUGUUAACAUUUUCAUCAACAGUAACAGGGUCCGCCUGCAGCUUGACACUGGAUCGGAUAUUACAGUAAUCGGACGAGAAACGUGGCAGCAGCUGGGUAAGCCAACACUGAAGCCGGUAACAGUCCACGCAAAAACAGCAUCUGGGUCCCGCCUUGAAUUGGAUGGUGAAUUCGAGGCACAGAUAACGAUCGGUGACAGAACGCGGUCUGCUGUUAUACGCGUUAUGGACUCGGCCUUGCAUCUUUUGGGGGCCGAUAUGAUAGCAACGUUCGAGCUCGGUGCCGUCCCCAUGGACCAGUUUUGCAACAAGGUGGAAGCAGAGGGAGUGAAAUGGGAGAGCCGAUUCCCUGCAUUGUUUAAAGGCAACGGAUUGUGCACCAAGGCGAAUGUACAGAUUCAGCUCAAGCCAAAUCACCGUUCUGUGUUUUGUCCUAAGCGCCCGGUAGCGUACGCGAUGCGAGCAACGGUGGACAAGGAGCUCGAUCGCUUAGAGGAUCUAGGGGUGAUUACUCCGGUGGAUUAUUCGGACUGGGCGGCCCCAAUUGUGGUGGUGAGGAAGCAGAACGGCAGCGUGCGGAUUUGUGGAGAUUAUUCAACUGGGUUGAAUGCAGCUCUUCAAUCGUACGAAUAUCCACUCCCACUCCCAGAGGAUAUUUUUGCAAAACUGGCACAAUGCAAGUAUUUUUCAAAAAUUGAUCUAACGGAUGCAUUCUUGCAGGUACAAAUUAAAGAGGAAUAUCGUCCACUCCUGACGAUUAACACGCAUCGCGGAUUGUACCAUUACAACCGUCUACCACCUGGCAUUAAAAUUGCUCCAGCCGCGUUCCAGCAACUCAUCGAUGCAAUGCUCUCCGGCCUAAAAUGUACAUCUGGGUACAUGGAUGAUGUAGUUGUUGGAGGCAAAACAGAACGCGAGCACGAUGAGAAUUUGCUCAACCUUUUCCGGCGCAUAAAGGAGUACGGAUUUACAAUCCGAGCGGAAAAGUGUUCGUUUAAAAUGCCAAGGAUAGAGUACCUGGGUUUUGUUAUCGACAGACAGGGUCUCAGACCAAACCCAGCGAAAAUAGAUGCGAUCCUGAAGAUGCCAGCACCGACGAACGUUAGUGAGGUUCGGUCCUUUCUGGGUGCUGUGAAUUAUUACGGCAAAUUUGUACCAAAGAUGCGAGAAUUGCGAUACCCGCUGGAUGCAUUGCUCAAAAAUGACACCAAAUUUGUUUGGACACGGGAGUGCGCAAAUGCUUUUAACAGGUUCAAAGACCUGUUAGCAUCCGACUUGCUGCUGACGCACUACGACCCGAAUGCAGAGAUAGUGGUCUCUGCCGAUGCAUCGUCGGUUGGACUAGGCGCGACCAUAAGCCACAGGUACGCGGAUGGCUCGCUGAAGGUUGUUCAGCACGCAUCGAGAGCCCUUACGAAGGCUGAAGCAAAUUACAGCCAAAUUGACCGCGAAGGUUUGGCGAUUAUAUUUGCUGUGAAAAAGUUUCAUAAGAUGCUGUUUGGGCGCCACUUCCGAUUGCAAACCGAUCAUCGACCCUUGUUGCGGAUUUUCGGGUCACAUAAGGGUAUACCAGUGUACACGGCAAAUAGGUUGCAGCGGUUUGCAUUGCAGUUGCUGAUGUAUGAUUUUACCAUCGAGUACGUGCAAACCGAUAAGUUUGGCAAUGCGGACGUGCUCUCAAGGCUGAUACACGAGCACGCAAAACCGGAUCCGGAAUACAUAAUCGCAAGCGCUGAGUUGGAAAAUGAUGUAAGUUCCAUAGCAUCAUACUGUAUUAAUAUAUUUCCACUCAAUUUUAGAGACGUUGCGAAGGCCACGGAGUCCGACCCUGUCCUGAAGAAGGUUUACGGAUACAUCAUGGAAGGGUGGCCCCAAAAUGUCGCGUAUGCUGCAGAGCUGGCUUGCUUUUACCACAGAAGCGAAGCCCUAACCACGGUGCGUGGUUGCAUUUUGUUUGGGGAAAGAGUGGUGAUCCCUAGCAAGCUGCAGCAGCGUUGCUUGAAGCAACUACAUGAAGGGCACCCCGGUAUCCAGCGAAUGAAGUCGAAGGCCCGGAGUUACGUGUACUGGCCAUCCGUUGAUAAGGACAUAACGGAGCACGUAAAGGGAUGCCAUGCUUGUGCGAUAGCGGCAAAGACUUCACCUCGCGAAAAACCUGUUCCCUGGCCAGCGACACAGAAACCUUGGGAACGUAUUCACAUCGAUUUCGCUGGGCCAAUCGAUGGUGACUAUUUUCUGAUCGUGGUAGACGCGUUUACCAAGUGGCCAGAGGUGAUACGAACGCGAAGUACCACAUCAGCAGCAACGAUCGCGAUACUGAGGUCAAUCUUUGCGAGAUUUGGAUACCCGGAAACGAUGGUGAGCGACAACGGGCCACAAUUUGUCAGUGCUGAGUUUUCGGAGUAUUGCAGUAGUCGCGGUAUACAGCACGUCACAACUGCGCCAUUCCAUCCGCAAUCGAAUGGGCAGGCGGAGCGCUUUGUUGACACCUUCAAGCGGUCGAUGAGGAAGAUCCAGGAAGGGGGAACAACGCAGGACGAAGCGCUUGACGUUUUUCUGGCGAGCUACCGGUCAACCCCCAACGCUAUUUUGCCGGACAUGCAGUCGCCAGCUGAAGCCAUGCUAGGCAGAAAAAUGCGAACAGCGUUGGCACUGCUGAAACCUCCACCUGCAGCGCAAGCAGAACCGGCCAACUUGGAUAGACGAUUUCAGCGCGGUGACCUCGUCUACGCCAAGUUCUAUGCGCGGAAUUCAUGGAAGUGGGUUCCGGCGCAAAUCAUACGAGAGUUGGGCAGCGUUAUGUUCGAGGUGCAGACGAACAAUCAACGGGUUCACAGGCGCCAUGUGAACCAGCUGCGAAAACGUGAUUCGGCCGUGGGGGCUUCCAGCGAGGACGUGGACAUAGAUCAUUUGCCGUUUGAUCUGCUGACGGACAGCGCGGUAGCGGAAUCGAGUUCUGUUCCCUUGACGGACCAUCAAACUAGCGCGUCACCCACACAACCAUCUCCACGCCCAAUCCCGUUCGCUACUACAAAACGCCAGCAGCCGAUACGGUCGCCACGCCGGUCUUCUAGGCUUAGAAGACUUCCGCGUAGGCUCGAGGGGUAUCGUCUGUAAUUAAAAGGGGGAGAUGUUGUGAGCUAACCUGGCCCGGACUCAUUCACGGCGGUAACUCACGGAUGACAGCAAAGCGUCAUCCGUCAAUGUAUGCGUGUGAUCGAUCCGGGGGUCAUCGGUUGCGCGGUCACGGACGUUGACCGCCAAACACCAGCGCGCACUGAAGAACUAGCGGUCAGCAAGGAAGCGUGCUCGAAGCCAACACCAAAUUGUAACCAAGUGAAGUUGAAUAUAUACGUUAGUAAAUUUAUUAGUAA